AUGUCGAGCACAGCAGCACAGCCGCCCGCACCACCACCGCCACGGCAGACCGACUUUCGGCGGCGCGCCGUGCUCCCCUCAACGCAGCGCAACGUCGGCCAAGGCGCAGCUGGCGGCCUCGACCUCUCGAGCGACGAGUACCUCGACCGCAUCGAGGAGGAGCUCAACCGCCGAGUCGACCACGACACUCUCAGCCUCGUCGACGGCAUGCGCGACUUGGUCGCACUCGCCGCGCUCGACCCGUCCAACCCGCCGCACCCGUCCGCCUCGUCGCACCGCGCCCUGUCGUCCCAACUCAAGACCGAGCACAUGCUCCGCUCGGCCCAGUCGCUCCUCGCCCUCGCCCACACUCUCAAGCUCCUCCACCUCUUUGGCGACGGCGAGGCCGGCCAUGUCGCGCGCGAGGGCAGGGACAAGGAGCUCGUCGACGACAUUGACCGGCUCAAGGAGCGCGUCAGGGAGCUGGCGGGUGAGCAGGGUGGGCUUGACGGUGCGGCAGGGGCAUAG